AUGGUAUACUUCCAGCCCGGUCCGCGCCUACACCUGCUGCUGGACGCGCUCGCCUUCGUCCCAGUGCACCUUUUCAUCCUCCCGGCCACAGCACUUUACCACGGGAUACGGUACUGGCUUGCCCCCUCUGCCCGCCGCUUCCCGCACCUCACGUGGUGGCGCUAUAUCGUGCUCAACCUCCAGCGCGCACGUAACCAAUAUAUGCGCGGUUUAUGUGUCAACUAUCCUGAUCCGAACGCCCAUGUCCGCAUACCGUCAAAAUAUGACGACGUAUGCGAUGUCGCAACCGUCACCUUGCCGCCUAUUACUGAAGACGUGCCCCGCCUGGAAGUGCUCGACUCUGACGCCACUAUGAAGGGGAUAGUCCACCCAACCCCAGUGACGGGCUUCUGGAUCGCCGCCAAAGGCAAAGCAGGAGACCUGACCGCACAAGCAAAGCCCGACGAACGCGUCAUCUACUUCAUCGUCGGCGGGGGGUAUGCCAACGGCCACCCGCUUGACCCGCACACAGCCUUCUCAUUUGCGCAACUCACUGGCGCUCGGGUAUUCUGCAUAAACUACCGCAAGUCGCUAGACGACGCUUCCGCCUUUCCCGCCUCUCUCUUCGAUACCCUGGCCGGAUGGAGUUAUCUCCGCGACUUAGACUUUCAAGCUAAAAAUAUCGUCAUGACGGGCGACUCGGCGGGCGCGAAUGCCUGUCUUGCCCUCACGCGGUAUUUGGACGCGUUGAGGGGAGUGGGAUUCGAUUGGGGCCUCCCCCGCGGUCUGGCUCUUCAUUGUCCAUGGGGCGAUAUGACGUCCUCGUUCCCCUCCAUCAAGCGUAACCGAUACACUGACCACCUCAUCGACCUCAACACCACCUACAUCCCCUCCCACACGCGGCACUUCCCCUCAAAAGAUGGGGCGUAUUUCUCCCCUGCCUUAUCCCAAAACACGUCAGACGGACACUUCGCCCGGCUUGCCGAAGCGGAGGUGAGAGCGUACGUCCUCGCCGGCACCGCUGAGGCUUUCUAUGAUGAGAUUAUUGCGUUGAAGGCCGGGAUGAGGGCGGCAGGGAUGGACAUCAUCUACCGCGAGAUCGAGGGGGCGGGACACUCGGACUUUGUGUCCAUGGACAGGCCGGGAUGGCAGGGAUGGAGUUGGGGGGUCGUACGGAAUGACUUUGAGGACUUUUGGUAUGCCACGGCCGAGUGA